AUGAGCGCUUUCCCCACAACCCCUUGCGGCAUCUCAAGAUGGUGGCGCCCAGUGGUACCAUGAGCGAUUCCGAAAGCAGCAGCAGUAGUAACAGCGAUGCCGAGGAGCUGGCGCGGUGCCGCGAGGCGGCGAUGCCCGCCUGGGGGCUGGAGCAGUGCCCGCAGGGAGCAGAGAAGCCCAGAUCCGAUGCUGCAGGUAAACAAGUGCCCGCAUCGUCACAGCGAAGCCUCAGGCGAGAGGUGAACCAGCACGAUGAGGAUGGGAAUGAGCUUCAGACCACUCCUGAGUUCCGAGCCUAUGUGGCCAAGAAGCUGGGAGCCAUGCUGGACAGCUCCAUCGCCAUCUCAGAAGUGUGGAAGAAACCACGCAAGGCGGAGGUGCGGCAGGUGGCAGAGGAGGAGGAUGGCUUCCGCCUUUUCUUCACGUCCAUCCCUGGAGGCCAUGAGAAGGAAGCUUCUCCGAAACCCUGCCGAAAGCGCCAGCCCCCCAGCUCCAGCAGCAGUGAAGACAGUGACGAGGAGUGGCAGCGGUGCCGAGAGGCAGCUGUGUCCGCUUCAGAUGUUCUUCAGGAGUCAGCCAUACACCGACCUGCCGAGGUACAGAAGGAGGCGGAGAAGAAGUUGAAAAAGAAAGCCAAGAAGGAGGCGGAUAUUAACUUGGCUGGAGCCACAGGCCUGAAGCAGGUCAAGGAGGCAGACACCAUCAAUGGGGACCCACCGUCGCUUGGGAUCAAAAAGAAGAAAAGGAAGAAAAAGGCCAAGAAAGCCAGGGAGGCUUCCCCGUGCCCACCUGCUGGCAGAGUGUCAGUGGCUGGGCCUGAGAACUGACUCCAGGCUGUAGGCACCAGUCCCUGGCUCUUGAGAAUGAGGUGCCUGUGGGGUUAAAGGCAGGCCAAGCUAUACUCCCUCCAGGUCCCAGCACUGCCUCUACCCACUGGUGACUUUAGUGUGCGGAGAAGUCUGAGCAAGGCUGGAUGGACCUGUGGUUCCAGAACAUUCUGUUACCUCAGAAAGGCAGGUUCUUCCAGCUUUUGAGACUGAGUCUCAGAGCAUAAAGAUGAGGGGGAGGGGUCUCCAAGCUACUGAGGCUCAGAAAAACUUCUGUACUUCUCCCCCAGCCCACACAGACUUAACAGUGUUGUCUAGAAAAAAAGAAAGGUAUCCCCCCUUUUUUCCCCAGAAUUUUCUUACUCCAAAUUGUUAAUAUACUAUCCAUAAUAAUGUGUCUAAGUCAGCUCAGUUACUGAAAAUCAGGUGCCAGAGUGCUUGGGACCCACUUAGUGUCUCCAGGGUGCAGGCUUAGCUAUAGAGCCCCUAGUUCUGUCACCAGCACUAAAGAGAAAAGGGGAAAAUCAGGUGACCCAGGAUGUACACUAGGUAUUGCACCUGCUUGGUGACCCUCUUUGUUUUAUUGUUUGUCUGAAAAGGUGUCUCUGUGUAGCUGAAAUUGGCCUGAGACCUGCCAAUCUCCUGCUUCUGCCUCCCGAGCAGGGCAACAAGAACGAACCAUCAGUACCGUGGUGUUUGUUUCCGGGGAUCAAACUUACGGCACUGUGCUUACUAGGCAGGUGUCCUGCCACUUAGCCACAUCCUCAGUGCUGAAAGUUAGGGAGCAUCUUAAAUAACCACAUGUGGGACCCUCCCAUCCACAUCCCUAGGUCAGAUUCGUCACCCCAGCUUCCAGACUUCAGGAAAUGGCACCACACAUGGACUAGGUUUCUUGCAAUGAAUCUUUUGCAAGGAGGAGUUACAGGCUCAGGUGGAGUCACCUUGCCUCGUUUCCAGUUAAACAAGGGAAACAGCGAUGCGAACAUGUGUCCCGAACCUGUCUGUGCCUCAGGCCCCUGGUCUGCACCCAGCUUCCCUCUGCCUUCCCUCCUGAGGUGUAAGCAGGAAGCUUCUGUACAUUUUUUUGUUGUUGUUGACUUUACUAAAAGUUAAAUAAAUGUACAGACUUGUC